UUGAAAGUGUGUAAAAAAUCAAUUCCUGCGCUAUUUUAGUAGCUAAUGUCACAUUGGAGGGUUUUAGUACGUAUUCUAUUUUCCUAAGUCAUUAACCUUAGCAAUGGAGGGCAUUUGCUAGAGAAUGGCUCAUUUAUGACUCUUUCAUGCAGUGCCCUAUGCUCUCGGCCGAAAGAAUAGCAAAGUAUUUGACGGGAAAGAAUAUCCGAUACUAUGACCCCAGUGCCGACUUUGGGAGUCAUGUUGUUGUGAUCAAUUCUAGACACAUUGCUGCAAAAGAUAAUAGUCGAUAUUGGAAACGGUUCUUAUACACUACACAUACAAGGUUCCCUGUAAAUCGCGUUGAAGAAACAAUGGAGGAAAUUCACAGGCGUGAUCCUACUGAGGUUAUUCGUUUAGAAAUUAAAGCCGUCUUACGAAAUAAUGAAUCCCGUAAAUAUCAAUUAUCUCGUCUUCAUAUAUACCCUGAUAAUAUUGAAACUAUUCCCAAGGACAUUAUUGCCAAUAUUUCAGGAGUAAUACCACAAGUUAUGAAAGUACCAAAACGUCUUGAUCAAUACUCUGCUGAAGAACUUAAUGAAUUUCCUAAACUUUUUGAUUGGCCUGAAGGUUAUCAUGUUGCCCCGCUUAGUUCAAUUGCAAACAAGCUGAAAACCAGAGGAUCAAAAUAACAUGCUGAUAUUGUAUUACUGCAUAUCUGUAUAUUAUAUAAAAUGAAAUAGAUGAAAAA